AGCUGGGCUCAGGAUCUUGUCAGCAAAAAAGGAUCUGCAGCCAUGAAGGACCCUGCGGCUGUUGCGAAGUUCUUGCAGGAGAGCCUCAUGACCGACCGACAAAGUGGCCGUUUGCUCAAAAAGCUUAGCAGCAACGGCCACUGUGGCACACAAGGGACUGCCGAACGAAUCAAGCGGAUCUAUGCCAUGCCUGCUGACAUGCCGCCGCAGGCACGUCAGGCGCCGGACCCCUUGCCGAUUGCGAAGAGGCCAGGCACCAGUGGCGUCGGCCGCCAGCUUGAACCCCAGAUGUCCCGCAGCCAAACGGCUCCAAGCUUGAAGUUCCCCUCGCUGGACGCGACACGAACCAAGCAAAACUUGAAGCACAACCGGCUGUUUGACGUGCCCUUUCCGCAGCUUCUCUUCAAGGAGCGCUGCUUCGAACGGGAAGCUUUGUGAGAAGCUCGGCGGUUGCCCGUGCCCGGCGAUUUUAGCAUGCACUAAGGAAGGGGAACGCGGCAAUGCGCAACGAUGA